GAUGAAGAGCAAUUGUUGCCAUACAAAUCUUGCUGACUCCAUUGCAGCUGGGGCUCUUUUGAAGUACAGUUUUCAUAGGCACAAUAGAUAGGUGAGAUGCGUGACAGAAUAUGUGGAAUGGGUUAGUUACCAUAUAUUAUGGGAUUCCAGAAUGAGGAUACACACCUGACAUUCCUAUCAUCUGAUCAUCUCAGAAUGUGUUUGGCAUAAAUUGCAUGCAAAAAGAGGCCAAGAAUGAAGAUAGCCAAGGGGUUGCCCAGCAUUGAAACACAAACUUUGGAUCAACACUGCUGGGGCUGGCACAAAUCUAACAUUCCUAUUAUCUGAUCAUCUCAGAAUGUGUUCUUGACUUAAAAUGCAUUCUAAGAUUAUGCACCAAACGCAGCCUAAAUGAAUGGUAUGAUUUGCCACAUUAAUAGACCAGUGGUGUUCACAAGGCCGAUCGGGAUAACGGUUUCUCCGUGGGUACGAGGGGUGACAACUUACAAAGUGACUUGGAAGCACAACCAGUUUCCUUGCCAUUGGACGUAUGUGCUCGGGAACAACUAGACAUCUCGGACAAACCACUAUGGUUAUGUCCUGAUCUAAAUAUAAGGAUCUACCCGGGAAGAAAAAGACUCCAUUCUCACGUGCCUGAAAUUGGGUUUUUAAAUCUUGUUUAGAGCCAUUUUCAACUGCCACUUGAGGGGUAAUUGGAUACAUCGAUCAGGUUUCUUCCAUCUUACUUUACAGGAUUUAGUUAAUGGAAAAAAAUAAGGAAUUCAUGAUCCCCAAGAAGGUUGCAAGAAUAUUUAAAGAGGACGUCAUUUUUACACUUUCCUUCUCUUCUAAGCAAGAAAUACCCAUGUGAUUCUUUGACUUUCUUGAGUGUCAUCUAGUACAGAUAUUCUAAUUUUCUCAACAUGCAUCAAGUCUGAAGCCCAAGCUUCACUAGUCAUUACUAGCCAAUAUAUAAGGAAGUCAGGAAGAUCAGAUCAGACAAUGUCUAUUUAUUAUUUGGGUCCAAUUAGGAAAACCACAGGUAUGAAAUGAAGACAAAAGGAUUCCAAAAUGUUUUUAAAACUCCAAAAGCACAUUAUAGUUUCCAAUCCAAACAUGACCUGAAACUCCUGACAAUUAAUCUCCUUCAACACCUCCAAUGCAUUCAAGUUUUGGAGACGGCCUUCCCUAUGGUGCAAGCUAUGGCCUUUUUACCAUACUCUUGAACACAAAAUUUUAAUGGGUCAUCUCAUAACUCUCCCAUUAAUGCCAUGAAUGUCAAACUCGGUUCCUUGUCAGUGGGCUUUGGGUUAUGAAGCCAAACCUUUUGGAGCAGUAAGAAUUGAUGAUAUGAAAAGUUUUAUGUUCAAUGCCAAAUUCUAUGAAAAAAUAUUGUAGUUUUUCCUGCACAUUUUAUGUCUCAAAAUCUAAAAUUCUUUAGAGAGCUGGGUAACUAAUAUUUCUUAUGAUUCACUUGGUACAAGUUGUUUGACAAUUUGGUAUCCUUCCACAUGCAACAGAUUAAUUAAUUGACUAGAUAUAUAAAUAACUCUUGACUUAUGUGAUACUCCUUCAAUAUCUGCAUCUUCAAGGAAUCAGAACAUGAAUCAAGGAUCUCCAAUCUGGUCUUCUUCUUCUAUAUUUGGUCCUUACUUUUUCUUCUCUAGCUUUCUCUCCAAAGAUACUGAUCCAACUUCUUCAUUCUUUUUCUUCAAUGCACAAGGAUAACAUGUUGACCAAAAGAAGAGUGGUCUUUUGCUUCUCCAUCCUCCUCUUUUACAUCAUAGGAGGCUUAAAGCUGGACUCAGUACUAAAGUACACAAGUAAUUAUAGAACUUCAGAAAUUUCAGGGAGUUCCACAAAGAUACUCAAAAACACACUGGACUGCUCAACUGCAAAUCUCACACAGAUAUGUUCAGCAAGUUCUCAGUUGAUUACGACAUCGAAAACUGAAGAUAAAGAUGAUUCAGAGUCUCCAGUAUGCCCGGAGUAUUUUCGUUGGAUCCAUGAAAAUUUAAAGCCAUGGAAAGAAAAAGGAAUAGAAAGGGAGAAUGUAGAGGUGAUUGAAAAUAGAGCAUUCUUCAGGCUUCUUGUUCUAAAUGGGAGGGUCUACUGGAAGAAAUAUAGAGAUGUGCCCAGAUCUCAAUCCAGAGACCUGUAUACUAUUUGGGGGAUUCUACAACUGUUGAGGAGGUACCCAGGAAAGCUGCCAGACUUGGAUAUAAUGUUCAAUUGUGGUGAUAGACCUGUGAUCACAUCAGGACCUUACUAUGGACCCAAAGCCAGGAUCCCACCAGCCUUAUUUCACUACUGUGGGGAUGAUAGGUCCUUUGAUAUUGUUUUCCCUGAUUGGUCCUUCUGGGGUUGGCCAGAGAUAAACGUAAAGCCAUGGGACUCUUUGGUGGAAGACUUAAGGGAAGGGAAUGAAAGAACUAAUUGGAAUGAAAGGAAACCUUAUGCCUACUGGAAAGGGAAUCCGUCCAUGUCCAAGAGCAGGCUAGAGCUCCUGAAAUGCAAUGUCACAGAUAAACAAGAAUGGAAUGCUCGCCUCUUUGUCCAGGAUUGGCUCCAAGAAAUCAAACAAGGUUUCAAGGGAUCAAAUCUAGCAAAUCAGUGCACUCACAGAUACAAGAUCUACAUUGAAGGGAUAGCAUGGUCUGUUAGUAUGAAAUACAUUCUAGCUUGUGAUUCAGUGACAAUGCUUGUGAACCCUAAAAACUAUGAUUUCAUCACCAGAGCCUUGAUACCUAUGCGCCAUUAUUGGCCAGUGAAGGAUGAUGAAGAUAAGUGCAGGUCUAUUAAGAAUGGUGUAGAUUGGGGAAACCAUCACACACAAGAGGCUAAGGCCAUUGGUAAGGCGGCAAGUAAGUUCAUACUAGAGGAUUUGAAGAUGGAUUAUGUGUAUGACUACAUGUUUCACUUGUUGAAUGAGUAUGGUAAUCUCUUGAAGUACAAACCCACAGUACCUGAAGGGGCUACUGAGAUUUGUUUAGAGACAUUGGCAUGCCCUGUAAAUGGAUUGAAGAAGGAGUAUCUGUUGGAGUCCAUGGUGAAGGAAGCUUCAGAUAAGAAACCCUGUACCAUGCCACCUCCUUUUGAUCCUUCAGCUCUUCAAGCAAUUCUUAAGGAAAAAGAAGAUUCCAUUCAUGAAGUGGAGACAUGGAAGAAAAAAUAUUGGGACAAUCAGAGUCAGUAGCUCUCUAGUUAAUGACUCUCUCUCUCUCUCUCUCUCUCUCUCUCUCUCUCUUUUGGACAUUGUCAUCUCUUGCAUAGUGGGAAUAGUUUCCAUCGAUCCACAUGUGGCUCUCUUAAUGGUCGGCUAUAUUUAUAUUUAUUAUAUCCAGUUGAUUCCCACCGAUUCAGAUCACUUUCCAGUUGAUUUCAGAUUCCUUGUUUGAAACAAUGGUCUAACCGCUUGGCUGUGGACUACUAUUCAAUACCCCAGUUUUUGAAAUCUAGCACGCCAAUGGGUCCAAAAUGAACUUCUUAUUCUUCUUCUUC